UCCUCAGCCAGCGCGGUUUUUAAUUCCCCUCGACAUAAAAACUUUGAGAAGGUGAGAGGCAAGACGGAAUUUAAAAAAAGAAAAUCGCCGACAAAUCACACCUUGGAAAGCGUGCAUCAGUAACGCAGAAGGGGGGCAAACCGAAAAAGAAGCAUCAAGUCUGAGAAAAGCGGUGGAGCCGGGAGAAAGAGGGAGCUAUGCCAUCUCCCGCCGAGCAGAGCCCAGUCCUCCUCAGUUGCGUGUCGGAGCUACAGCAUGGUGUCUCUUCCUGGACUCUGGAGCUGCUACUGCCUCGCGCCGGGGGGAACUCAACUCCUUUUCCUCUCCACCAGACAGCUCCUGCUCCUUCUCUUACUGACAGCGUUUUCGUUUUCCUCCCCCGAGUCCAGCUGCCUCCCUCACCCGGAGCCCUGCCACACUGUCCUGGCGCGCAUCGGGCACACGGUGCGCCUCGGCGCGCUCCUGCCGACCCGCCAGCCGGCGCGGAUACAAAACGCGCUCAACCGCGCCCUGGCGAGCAUCCGGCACCAGAGCGCAGGGGCGGACUCCACCACCACCACCACGACCUCCCAGCCGGCUCCCCUGCUGCCCUACAACCUGAGCCUGGAGAUGGUGGCGCGCUCGCCCGCGGGCUGGGAGCCGGAGUCGCUGUCCCGCAGCGCCUGCCAGGACCUGGUGGUCAGGGGGGUGUCGGCCGUGCUGGCCUUCCCACGCUCCAGGGAGGAGCUGAUCCAGGUGGAGUUCCUCUCCUCCUUCCUGGAAAUCCCCUUCAUCUCCAUCCUGGAGGACACGGAACCCCUUGUGACUAAGAACCGGUUUCACCUGCAGAUGUCAGCCCGCGUGCCUCCAUCCACCCUGGGCAGCUUGCUGCUCGCGGUGCUGCGAGGGGGGCACGGGGACGGGGACAGAGGAAGCCCAGGAGAAAGCAGCUGGGGAGGAGCAGCUGUGAUCUGCCCCGGGUGGGACGAAGGCGGGGACAGCUUGCUGACUCACCUGCAGAAGCACAGUGGCCCGACAGGUACCUGGCAUUUGUCGGACAUCAUCAACCUGACCCGGAUCACGGGGAGUAGGGAUAAAAGAGGGGAAGCUAGCGAGGAGAGGAGGGAGGAUCAGAUGGAGGAAGAGGCUUUGAAAAUCAUCUCCACCAGUUUCCUGCGCGCCCCUUCUCCUAUCUCCUCCGUCCUCCUACUGGGAUCUGAUCCCGAGUGUCUCUCCUCCGUUCUGCGGGCUGCACAGCGCCUUGCUCCGUCACUGCCAGCGCUGCAGUGGAUCAUGGGAUACCCCCUGUCUCCAGACUCCCUUCACACUCUAGGAGGUCCCCUCGGACUGUUGGCCUACGGGGAGGUCGGACGCAAGCCCAUAAGCUUCUAUAUACGGGAUGCUUUGCAGCUGAUUGGUCGGGCGGUCACUGCCGCCACCACGGCGAGGCCGGAGUUGGCACUCGUCCAGAACAUGGUGAAUUGUUACGACAAACCGAAUCGGCAUGAACUGCGCUCUUCUGGACGAUAUAUUGCCAGGUUUCUCUCCAACACUUCUUUCACCGGGGCCACAGGACUGAUCCAAGUGGAUGCCGGUGUCUCUCGGAUCCUGUCCUCUCAGCUGUUCCAUGUGUGGAGUCUAAAGAGAGGGGCUCUGGGCCAGCCAGCUUGGGUGACCGUAGGCCAAUGGACCCGCGGCCAACUGGACUUGGAAGGGGACAUCAUGGGAUUGGUGGGUGGGCUCGGGAACAGUCAGGGACAGGGCCUCGGGGCUGGUGUGCGGGGAGGAGAUGGACAGGGGAACAGUAAUGUGGGAGGCCGCUGGAGGCCAGGACUUCCCGUUGAGGGAAACCGACUCAGAGUGGUGACGCUGGUUGAACAUCCAUUUGUCUUCACACGAGAGGUGGACGAGGACGGACUCUGUCCAGCCGGUCAGCUCUGUCUGGACCCUAGAACCAACCGAUCCGACAUCAUCCAGAGCCUCUACAAUCAGCUUCAUAACCCAAACGCUACAACAGUGGACUUGGAGGGCGUCGAUUUGCCAGACGACCUGAGGAAAUGCUGCUACGGAUACUGCAUAGACCUGCUGGAGAAGCUCGCAGAAGACAUGGGCUUCAGCUUCGACCUGUAUAUCGUGGGAGACGGGAAGUACGGCGCGUCGAGCGGGACGGGGCGCUGGACCGGGCUCGUGGGGGAUCUGCUAAGCGGUGCCGCCGACAUGGCCGUCACCUCUUUCUCUAUUAACUCUGCCAGGAGCAGAGUCAUCGAUUUCACGUCACCCUUCUACUCCACCAGCCUGGGCAUUUUGGUUCGCAGCCGAGACACCGCAGCUCCCAUCGGAGCCUUUAUGUGGCCACUCCACUGGUCCAUGUGGGUGGGCAUUUUCGUCACGCUGCAUCUCACAGCGCUCUUCCUCACCUUGUAUGAGUGGAACAGCCCCUUCGGCAUGACGCCCCACGGCAGGAACAGGCUGCGCGUCUUCUCCUACUCCUCCGCCCUCAAUCUCUGCUACGCAAUACUGUUUGGACGCACCGUCGCCACCAAGACUCCUAAAUGCUGGACGGGGCGCUUCUUGAUGAAUCUGUGGGCUAUUUUCUGCUUACUGGUGCUCUCCAGCUAUACCGCCAACCUUGCUGCCGUCAUGGUUGGGGAGAAGACCUUCGAGCAGGUUUCAGGAAUCCACGACGACAAGCUCCACCACCCCUCCCUGGGCUUUCGUUUUGGGACAGUGAGGGAGAGCAGCGCCGAAGAUUACAUGAAGAAGAGUUUCCCAGAGAUGCACGACUACAUGAGACGCUUCAACCAGCCCACCACCCCAGAAGGUGUACACAUGUUAAAGACAGAUCCUCCUGCCCUGGAUGCGUUCAUCAUGGAUAAAGCCCUGUUGGACUUUGAGGUCUCCAUUGACGCAGAGUGCAAGCUGCUCACUGUGGGGAAGCCUUUUGCCAUUGAAGGCUACGGUAUAGGCCUCCCCCAGGGUUCUCCUCUGAGCCGCAACGUAUCGGAGUUUGUGAGUCGCUACAAGUCUGACGGCUUCAUGGAUAUGCUACACGACAAAUGGUAUAAGGUUGUGCCCUGUGGAAAGAGAGUCUUUGCAGUCACCGAGACUCUACAGAUGGGGAUCCAGCAUUUCUCAGGCCUGUUCGUGUUGUUGUGUAUGGGGGUCGGUGGCGCCUUGCUGACCCUGGCAGGCGAACACACCUUCUAUCACCUGGUCAUCCCCCGCCUCCGGCGCACAAACACACUUACGUACUGGCUGCACACCAGCCAGAAAAUCCACAGAGCCAUCAACGCCACGUAUGAGGACGUCGGGAAGGAGCUGACCGGCAUCGAUCAAAAACCUUCCUCUUGUAUCUCAGAAAACUGCACCCUACACAGGAAGCAGCAUCAGCCUCCUCCACCCUCCCCCCCUACGUCCCUCCCUGCAUCCGCUGCCGGGGACACUGGCAGCUCCUCACCGUCCCUGGAACCCAAGGAGAAGCGCGUCCACUUCGACCUGGAAACGCUUCACAGCUACCGCCUGCGCACACACACCGCGUCGGUCCGUGGCCGGCCCGGGAUGGUUGGCCGGCCCGGGCUCGGCCUGGGCGGCCUGGGCCUGGGCACUCUGGGGGGCUUCACUUCUCCCCAGAUUAACCUCCAAGCCAACGGGGGCCCCGUGUCCACCCUGGCCUCCACGGGCCUGGUGCUCUCUCCGCUGGGGAACCGGGCCGCUCAGACCAGCCUGUGGGAGGGGGAGCUCCAGGAGCUGCAGGGGAAGAUUGAAAUCUUCCGCAACCAACUGCGAGAAGCUCUGGCUAGAAGAGCUGAGAUCCAGAGCAGCCUGGAGAGAGAGAGGAGCGGAGUGUUGCGCAGGGAGGCCAGUUUGGAGAGGGACAGAGACAAACAGAAGAUACAAACUUUUAACACAGACAGAACCAGUUCCACUCUGCCCAAACUCCCUGAGAGAGACAGGACCAGCCAGCUCCAAACCCUGAACAAUCAGCAGACAGGGAGAGCAAACCAAUCAGGUGGACCUGGGACCGUGGACCACGCGAGAAGCAGCCAACUAAACACAGUGAACAGUUUGGACCGAGGGAGGGCCAACCAAUUGCGCCCUGUCGAUACUUCCAUGGGAGAAAGUACUGUUCAGUCACGCACUUCCGCCAGUUUGGAGCGAAGUCGUGUCAACCAGCAAGCCGCUGGAAACAUCACCGUCCAAACGCGGGACACUUCUAGCCUGGACAGACAGAAGGCUAACCUAGCACGCACUCUGAACACUUUGGAGAGGACAAAAGCCAACCAGUCGAGCGCGAGCGUCGGGAAGUGAUUCGCUCUCCAAAAGCCUUGGACUUGUGGGACUGCAAGGAGACGACAGAAGUGUCGCUUACAUAGCCACGGGAAGGAUGUCUGGGUGUUUGUGGGGAGUUGAAUGUCAGAUUGAUCUGUUAUUUACAGCAACGUAGUCAUUUAUGCAAUCCAAACCAUUGUCUCGCUUCAAGUCGCAGUUUAAACAAUUUCAUCCAAAAUAAUUGUAGAAAUAUCUUAAUUCACUCAAAUGGAAAUGCUGAAGCUACAAGCUUGAAGACAUUUGAACAAUAACAACAAAUAAAAAUGGCUGGCAACUUUUCAUAAAAAUAACAAAAAGACAAAUGAUGAUCUCUUUAACAAGGCAAUUUCAAGAUUAUAUUUGGGGAUAUUUUUAUAGUGUGUCACUGUCGGGUUUCAGGGGUUACAGACCCAAAAGCAGGAGUAACAAUAAAAAUGUCUUUUUAUUAUUAUUAUUAUUUAUUUAAUUUCUUUUAAAAGAAAAACCAAAAGAAGAGCACAAGGAAACGGGAAAACUGGGAAGUGAAGAAGGAAAACACUAAAACCCCAGUGCACGUUGCAGUAAAUCCUCUCUCGUGAAAUGGGUUCGGUACUCCUCCCAUUCUGAGCCAUUUCCACCGGUACAAAACCUAGCGAACCAAUCGGGGGUGCUCGACCGAGAUGACUGCAGAAUUACUAA